AUGAUAGCUUGGUCAAUUGAAUUGUCCGAGUAUGAUAUCAGAUAUGAAAGUCGGGGACCUCUUAAGGCUCAAUGUCUCGCUAACUUCAUAGCCGAGCUCACACCCGCAGUCCAAACAGAAAGUCCAACUUGGAUUUUGCAUCUAGAUGGAUCGUCCAACGUUAAAGGAAGUGGUGCAGGCAUAAUUCUUAAAGGACCCAACAACAUGAUGCUGGAAUUAGCCAUCAAAUUCGAUUUUCAAGCCACCAACAACCAAGCUGAAUACGAAGCACUUCUGGCAGGUUUGAGGUUAGCCAAAGAUGUCGGUGUUAAAAGGUUGAUAUGCUGUAGUGAUUCAAAGUUGAUUGCAGAGCAAGUAGGAGGAAGUUACCAAACAAAGGAACCACAACUCCAAAGAUACAAUUUAAUGGUAACUCAUUUAACUUCUUCCUUUGAUGAUUUCCAGAUCAAACAUAUUCCUAGAGAGAAAAAUGCCCGAGCUGAUCUGUUAUCCAAGCUUGCGUCCACCAAACGCCCUGGGCAACACAAAACAAUCAUACAAGAAACCAUUAGUGCCCCAAGUCAAGAUUUUCUGGCGAUAUCCACUGAUAACCAAGGACAAUCAACUUGGAUGUCGGAUAUCUGGAAAUAUCUCACAGAUGGAAUUUUACCAGACAACAAAGCUGAAGCAUCCAAGAUCAAAAUCAAGUCCGUUCACUUCACAAUUGAGGCUGGUGACUUAUUCAAAAAAGGUUUCUCAACCCCUCUUCUCAAAUGCCUAAACCCAGACCAAGCUCAAUAUGUAAUGGACGAGAUACAUCGUGGUAUUUGCGGAAUGCAUUCUGGUGCUCGCUCCAUGGCAACUCGGGUUAUCAGAGCUGGUUAUUAUUGGCCCACGAUGAGAGCAGACUGUAAAGUGUAUGUGCAGAAAUGUAAAGCUUGUCAAGAAUUUGGCAACUUACACCAACUACCUGCAACAGCAUUGCAUUCCAUGCAAUCAGCUUGGCCAUUCGCAUGGUGGGGAAUGGACAUACUUGGUCCUUUCCCAAUUGCUAAGAAUCAAUUGAAAUUUCUACUUGUAGGUAUUGAUUACUUUACAAAGUGGAUUGAAGCAGAGCCUCUUGCAAAAAUCACAACAGCCAAUGUCCAGAAGUUUACAUGGAAGAAAAUCAUCUGUAAAUAUGGCCUACCCCAAGCAAUUACCACCGACAAUGGCAAGCAGUUUAUAGACAAAAACUUCGAACAGUUCUUGAAAUAA